CCGCAAGCGCGAGCGCGCCACUUGGCGUAUCGUGCGCGACGCGAACGUGCGAGACUGCGAGGUUCAUUUACGAACGUAAACCGGUGACCGUCACGUUGAGCUUUUGCUGACGUCGAGGGUUCCGAUCGGGGAAACAAUGCGCGUUGGUUAGAGGCCCAGUUCGUCCGUACAGCUGUUUCGAUCCGGUCGUUUUAAGUUCGGCAGCGAUAGCCACGAUUACUGGACGAUUAUCGACGGCACGAUAAUGCACACGUUCCUGACACGAGGAAAUGCUAUCCUGGCGUAUACGUUGAGCGUGUCGGCCUGCCUCACAUUCUGCUGUUUUCUCUCGACAGUAUUUAUUGAUUACAGGGCGAACGCGACGUUAAAUACGGUUAAAGUUGUCGUAAAGAAUGUACCAGAUUACAGUGCGUCGAGAGAGAAAAAUGACUUGGGUUACUUAACUUUUGAUCUACAAACUGAUCUCACUCCGUUGUUUAACUGGAACGUUAAGCAAUUAUUCUUAUACCUCACGGCGGAAUAUCAGACAGAAAAUAAUGAAUUUAAUCAGGUAGUACUAUGGGAUAAGAUAGUUCUUCGCGGAGAUAAUGCUGUACUCGACUUUAAGAAUAUGAACACGAAAUAUUACUUUUGGGAUGACGGCAAGGGCCUCAGGGGAAAUAAGAACGUAACGUUAACAUUGUCCUGGAACAUUAUUCCAAACGCCGGAUUGUUACCUAGUGUUAAUGCUCUUGGCUCUCAUACUUUUGCAUUCCCGUCUGAGUACACAACGUUGCGCGUAUAACGCAUAUUUAAAUGUAUAUGUGUUAUGAUUGUGUACUAUAAUAUGGUUUUUGUAAGACUCUUAUUUAAAUCGCAUAAAAUUCAUGUACAAUAAACAACGUUUAUUUCUUC